UACAGUUUCAUGCAGGAUGGUCCCGGCCCAAAGUACUUUGAGUAACCUCUGUUGGCGGUCUCAGGAUGUGUGUGUACUCUUACAGUGUCGUGUGUAUUUGAAUCUUAUGUCCUGUAGUGGAAUGAAAUCACCACAUCUUUUCGAGUAGGAAUGCCUGUAAGGAAACACAGGCAACAUUUAAAAAAAUAUGGCAAUUGUUUCACAGCAGGAGAAGCAGUGGAUUGGCUGUAUGACCUCUUAAGAAAUAAUAGCAAUUUUGGUCCUGAAGUUACAAGGCAACAGACUAUCCAACUGCUGAGAAAAUUUCUUAAGAAUCAUGUAAUCGAAGAUAUCAAAGGCAGAUGGGGAUCAGAAAAUCUUGACGACAACAAUCAGCUAUUCAGAUUUCCUGCAUCUUCUCCACUUAAAACUCUUCCACGAAGACAUCCAGAAUUGAGGAAAAACAGCACAGAGAACUGUUCCAAAGAUAAAGACAGUAUUUUUAAAUUACGAAACUUAUCUCGUAGAACGCCUAAAAAACAUGGAUUACAUUACUCCCAGGAAAAUACAGAGAAAAUGAAGCAUGAAAGGAUCAAUGAAGAUCAAGAAAACACAACUGAUAAUAGAGAAAUAAGCCAUGAAGAUGUUGAAGAAGUUUGGCGAUACAUCUUUCUGACCUACCUACAAACCAUUUUAGGUGUAUCAUCCCUAGAAGAAGUCAUAAAUCCAAAACAAGUAAUUCCACGAUAUAUAAUGUACAACAUGGCCAAUACAAGUAAACAUGGAGUAGUUAUACUACAAGACAAAUCAGAUGACCUUCCUCACUGGGUAUUAUCUGCCAUGAAGUGUUUAGCAAAUUGGCCAAGAAGUAAUGACAUCAAUAAUCCAACUUACGUUGGAUUUGAACGAGAUGUAUUUAGAACAAUUGCAGAUUACUUUAUAAGUCUCCCUGAACCUCUACUUACAUUUGAAUAUUAUGAAUUAUUUGUGAACAUUUUGGUUGUUUGUGGCUACAUCACAGUUUCAGAUAGACCCAAUGGGAUACAUAAAAUCCAAGAUGAUCCACAGUCUUCAAAAAUCCUUCACUUAAGCAGUUUGAAUUCCUUCAAAUCAACUGAGUGUCUUCUUCUCAGUCUGCUUCAUAAGGACAGGAACAAAGAAGAAUCAGAUUCAACUGAGAGACUGCAGAUAAGCCAUCAAGGAUUUCAAGAAAGAUGUGCUAAGAACAUGCAGCUAGUUGAUUUAAGAAAUAGAAGAUCCAGUGCUAAUAAUCUAAUGGGAGGAAGUUGUCAUAAUUUAAUAGGCUUGAAUAAGAUGCAUGUCCUAUCCUCUAACAUCAAACCAAGGUGCUGUUCUUUGGAAGGAAUUGUAGAUAUGUUAGGGAAUUCAAGUAACGAGGUGUCCAGUGUCUUUCAUCAAUCUGUUCUGAAUACAGAAGGACAAAGUAAUAAACGCUUUGCAGAGUCUAAGCCCAAACUGGAAUCUAUGCUGAGUCUUCAAUCAGAGCAAAGUAUUCAAAAGCCACUCUGUGUUGGUUUUAAGAGAACUUCUACUUUGACUGUUCAAGACCAAGAAGAAAUAUGUAAUGAGGAGUGCAUGUCAAAACAGCUUUGUAGAUCUCAGAGUUUGCUUUUAAGAAGUAGUACCAGACGGAAUAGUUGUAUCAAUACACCAGUGGCCGAAAUUAUCAUGAAACCAAAUCUUGAACAAGGCAGCACAAGUAUGCGAACAGCUAUGGAAAGUGACCUUGGGGAGUCUAGUAUCACAAUCAAUAAAAGACUCUGCAAAAGUACAAUAGAACUUACAAAACAUUCUUUACCUCCAGCUUCUUCUAUGUUGACUGGCACACAAAGUUUGCUGCAACCUCAUUUAGAGAGGGUUGCCAUCGAUGCACUGCAGUUAUGUUGUUUGUUACUUCCCCCACCAAAUCGUAGAAGGCUUCAACUUUUAAUGCGCAUGAUUUCUCGAAUGAGUCAAAAUGUUGAUAUGCCCAAACUUCAUGAUGCAAUGGGUACAAGAUCAUUGAUGAUACAUACUUUUUCUCGGUGUGUGCUACGCUGUGCUGAAGAAGUGGAUCUCGAUGAGCUGCUUGCUGCAAGAUUAGUUUCUUUCUUAAUGGAUCAUCAUCAGGAAAUUCUUCAAGUACCCUCUUACUUACAGACUGCAGUGGAGAAGCAUCUUGACUACUUAAAAAAGGGUUAUAUUCAAAAUCCUGAAGAUGGACUACUAGCUCCCUUGCCAACUUACUCUUACUGUAAGCAGAUUAGUGCACAGGAGUUUGAUGAACAAAAAGUAUCUACCUCUCAAGUUGCAAUUGCAGAACUUUUAGAGAACAUUAUUAAAAACAAGAGUUUACCUCUAAAGGAGAAAAGAAGAAAACUAAAACAGUUUCAGAAGGAAUAUCCCUCGAUAUAUCAGAAAAGAUUUCCAACCACGGAGAGUGAAGUAGCACUUCUUGGUGACAAACCUACCAUCAAGCAGCCAAUGCUGAUUUUAAGAAAACCAAAGUUUCAUAAUCUAAGAUACUAACUGAAUUAAAAACUGUAAUAUUUGUGAAACUUUGAUAAAUGAAGCCAUAACUGAGAAUCUAGCUACUAAAGUGGCGACCUGUUAUUAAUCAGGUUUUUCCUAAAUAAAUUACAUAAUAAGGAAGUACCAAAAAUAAUUUAUCAAUGUGAGACUGCUAAGAAACUACUGGAUCUCAACUUAGAGACCAUAAAAGUAGGUAAUACCAAAUAUUUUAACCAGAAACUUUUUUUUACCACAACUGUCUGGAAAAGCUACCAUGUGUAGAAAACUGAAUGGUAUUCAUCAAGAUUAAGCUGUGAUUCUGUGUGUGUGUGCGCACGUGUGUGUGUGUGUGUUAACUUACUGCAUAUGUGCUUAUGUAUAUUAAAGAACUAGUGGUUUAGGGUUAUUUCUUCAUUCCUAAGUGUAAGAAUAUGAAGACUAUUUGAAAACUCAAAAUGAAUUCUCAACUGCUACAUGUUGCACUCUUUUGUAUAUUCUUUUUCUGUUUGCUCUAUUUAUAUACAUAUAUGUUUUUAAAAUGUAUAUAUAUAUAUCAUAAAAGAUUUUGGUUUAGCCUUAAACAUUAUCCUAACUGCUUUAGUCAUUCACUUUUUUAAUAUAUAUAUUUGUAAUUCUUAUAAUCUGCUAAAAGAUGGAGAUAUAAAAGGAAGUAUAAGUCAAUCAUGUGUUCUUUCAAAAGAUGUUUAUUUAACAACUGCUAUGUGCCUUCCAUUGCUCCAAAUAUGUAAAGACAAUUGUGAAUAAACAGAAAAUAUUGGGAACCAGCAGUUAGCGUAAUGGCUAUGUCGCUGGACUCCCACAUA